CGUCUUGAUCAUGUUUGACUAAAAAAAUGAUUAUUUCUGUUGUUCUUGGCCUUAUAUUUGUCCCAAAGCGAUGUUUUCUGUGUAUUUGCGAGUAGUUGUUUUUUGGAAUUAACUCGGAUCCCUGUGGUUUGCACACGGACGUACGGACGUAUGUAAGUACCGCGCGGAUGCUCCGCUAAAAUGAAAAUCCUCAAAAAUAUCCAUCCUGAAGUCCAAGUCCAAGUUCCAUCGAUUUUAGUCUGAGUUUUAGCCUACGUAAUGGUACCUACGUAGUUGUGGUCUUUCUUUGUAAACAAAGUUACAAGCGAAGUUUUAGUGGCGAGUGGUUGAACUUCUGCCAAAUCUAAAUCCUUCAUUUAAAACGCCUCCAAUCCAGAUUAGCAGUAACAUGGCUACUGCUGUCACCGCUACCCUCUGUUGCUGUCCUAUUUGUGGUAUUAUUGGAAUCAUUUAUGCUUCUAAG